AACAUACUCAGUAUUCCUUCUCAGUAGCUAGCCUCCAAUACCGCGAACGACCAUAUUCUACAAAAUCUGGAAACUUAUUAAGGAUCUAUUCAAUUUGAAAAAAAACCGGACGCAAUGACCAGUCAUCACAGUGUAAUUGCUAGUAGCAGUAAAAAGAAAAAGAAGUCUGGCCGAGCAGCUGCCCGUAGGACAACUAACGUCUUCUCCAUGUUUGAGACAGCGCAGAUCAAAGAAUUCAAAGAAGCCUUUAGUAUCAUCGAUCAGAAUAGAGAUGGAUUCAUUGAUCGUGAUGAUCUUCAUGACAUGUUAGCAUCACUCGGCAAGGACCCGACUGAGAAGCAACUUGAUACGAUGAUCAAUGAGGCUCCUGGACCUAUCAACUUCACCAUGUUCUUAACUCUCUUUGGUGAGAAGCUACAAGGUACAGACCCUGAGAAUGUUAUCCUUGAUGCUUUUGGUUACCUGGAUGGAGAAGGAACUGGUAAGAUAUCAGAGGAUGUAUUUCGUGAGAUGAUGAUGACGAUGGGGAGAAGGUUUAGCGAAGAAGAGAUGGAGGAGAUAACACGUGGUGCACCAAUCAAAAACGGUCUCCUUGACUACCGUGAGUUCACACGUACUCUCAAGCAUGGAUCAUCUCGAAAAGGGGACAGAGAGGGCGGCAAACACAAGACUUAA